AUGGCUAAGACAAAUAAGAAAGCUCCUGUUGUUGUAGAGAAGAACAACAAGGUAGAUAAAACUGCUGGUUCCAAAAAGAGAAAACCAGUUGAAGAAGAGGUAGACGAAGAUGACGAAUCAGAUGAAGAAUUCCAAGUCGAUGGAUUAUUAGAUGCCAGUGAAGAAGACGAGGAAGAAGAAGUAGAAGGCGAUUCUGAAGAUAACGAAGAUGAGGAAGCCGACUCUGAAGACGAAUUAAACAAACUUUUAGGAGAAGAAGAAGAUCCAAGCGAUUACGAUUCCGAUGACUUUUCCGAUGAACCAAAAGAUGAUGAAGUAUCAGGAAUAAAUAUCAAAUCAUUAUCUGUCCAAGAUCCAGAAAAACAAGAUAUUCAUACUCUUUAUUCAGAUGGGAAACCAAGAAUUAUAAAACCGGAAAUUAAUCCUGUUUAUGAUAGUGAUGAUAGUGAUGCUGAAAAUUUCAAUACCAUUGGAAAUGUUCCACUUUCAGCCUAUGAUGAAAUGCCUCAUAUCGGUUAUGACAUCAAUGGUAAAAGAAUCAUGAGACCUGCUAAGGGAUCAGCAUUAGAUCAAUUGUUAGAAUCUAUUGAUUUGCCUGAAGGUUGGACUGGUUUAUUGGAUCAAAAUACUGGUACUUCUUUGAAAUUAACUGAUGAAGAAUUAGAAUUAAUUAGAAAGAUUCAACAACAAGAAAAUACUGAUGAGAAUAUUAAUCCAUAUGAACCACUAUUGGAAUGGUUUACUAAGGAUGUUGAAGUUAUGCCAUUAACUGCCGUACCUGAACCAAAGAGAAGAUUCGUACCUUCUAAACAUGAAGCUAAGAGAGUUAUGAAGAUUGUUAGGGCAAUUAGAGAAGGUAGAAUUAUUCCACCUGAUCAAGUUAAACAAAAAAUUGAAGAAGAUCAAAAGAAUUUCGAUUUAUGGAAUGAUGAAGUUGAAGUGCCAGAUCAUGUUAUGACUUUAAGAGCACCAAAAUUACCUCCACCUACCAAUGAAGAAAGUUAUAAUCCUCCAGAAGAAUAUUUAUUAACUGAAGAAGAAAAGAAAAGAUGGCUAAAUGAAGAUCCACAAGAUAGAGAAAGAAAUUUCUUACCUCAGAAAUAUUCUUCAUUAAGGCAAGUUCCAGGAUAUCAAGAAUCAGUUCGUGAAAGAUUUGAAAGAUCUUUGGAUUUAUAUCUUGCCCCAAGAGUUCGUCAUAAUAAAUUAAACAUUGAUCCUGAUAGUUUGAUUCCUGAAUUACCUUCUCCUAAGGAUUUAAGACCAUUCCCUAUCCGUUGUUCUACUAUUUAUCAAGGACAUACCGAUAAGAUCAGAACUAUUUCUAUUGAUCCACAAGGGUUAUGGUUAGCCACUGGGUCUGAUGACGGUAGUGUAAGAGUAUGGGAAAUUUUAACUGGUAGACAAGUUUUCAAGGCACAAUUAAUAAAUAAAGAAAUUAAUACUGAUGAUCAUAUUGAAAGUUUAGAAUGGCAUCCCGAUUCAAAUACUGGUAUUUUGGCAGUUUGUGUUGGUGAACAUAUUUAUUUGAUUGUUCCACCAGUAUUUGGAUUUGAUAUCGAAAAUAUAGGUAAAUUAAGAAUUGAAUCUGGUUGGGGUUAUGAUACUUUUGGAAACAAGAGGAAAGAUCUUAAAGUCACAAAUGAGGACGAUGAAGAUGCCGAAGAAGAAGAUGAUGAAGAAGAAGAAGAAAAGGCAACAAGCAAUGAAAAGAAGAAAGAAGUUUCCAAAUGGUUCCCACCAAAUGCUGAACAAGCAGCCAUGGGAAUUUCAGCCAUUAUUCAAUGUCGUAAAACCAUCAAAAAGAUCUCAUGGCAUAGAAAGGGUGAUUACUUUGUUACUGUAUCUCCCGAUAGUAAGAAUACUGCUGUUUUAAUUCAUCAAUUAUCUAAACAUUUAUCACAAUCUCCAUUCAAGAAGUCAAAGGGUAUUAUAAUGGAUGCAAAAUUCCAUCCAUUUAAACCACAAUUAUUUGUUGCUUCUCAACGUCAAAUUAGAAUCUAUGAUUUAGCUGCACAAGUAUUAAUCAAGAAAUUGAUGCCAGGGGUUAGAUUAUUAUCUACUAUUGAUAUUCAUCCUCGUGGUGAUAAUUUAUUAGCUUCUUCAUAUGAUAAGAGAGUCUUAUGGCAUGAUUUAGAUUUAAGUGCAACUCCAUAUAAAACAUUAAGAUAUCAUGAAAAAGCAGUCAGAUCCAUCAAAUUCCAUAAGGGUACAUUACCAUUAUUUGCAUCUGCUUCUGAUGAUGGUAAUAUUCAUAUUUUCCAUGGAACUGUAUAUGAUGAUUUAAUGACUAAUCCAUUAUUGGUUCCAUUAAAGAAAUUGACUGGACAUAAGAUUAUUAAUCAAAUUGGUAUAUUGGAUUUAGUUUGGCAUCCAAAAGAAGCUUGGUUGUUUAGUGCUGGUGCUGAUGGUACUGCACGUCUUUGGACUACAUAA